AUGGCCUUGAAUCAAGCCUCUGCGAAUUCGCUGGCAGCAGCUCCUGCUGGUCAGGAUUCUGCCCCUGAUGGCACAGGUCAGACACCCAAGCGUCGAACUCAGAGCAUUACUGACAAGAACACAGGCGUGAUCCAGCUGGACCCCUGGCUUGACCCCUUCCGAGACUCCCUAAAAUCACGAUUUGCAAAGGCCCAGAAAUGGAUCAAGACAAUUGAAGAAACAGAGGGUGGACUGGAGAAGUUCAGCCGAGGGUAUGAGACAUUCGGGUUUACCUUUGGCUCUGACGGCUCCAUAACUUACCGUGAAUGGGCUCCCAAUGCAGAACAGGCAUUUCUCAUUGGAGACUUCAAUAACUGGAAUCGAGAUGCUACCCCUCUGAAGAAGAACCACUUUGGCGUCUGGGAAAUUACUCUCCCUGCAAGAGAUGGUGUUGCUCCCAUCUCUCACAACAGCAAGAUCAAAGUUUCCUUUAUCAUUCCAGGAGGUGAACGGAUAGAGAGACUACCAGCGUGGAUCACAAGAGUUACCCAGGACCUGAAUGUGUCUCCUGUCUACGACGCCGUCCUAUGGAACCCCCCUCACCAUGAACGCUAUCAGUUCAAGAACCCUCGCCCUCCAUAUCCCAAAAGUGCUCGUAUCUAUGAAGCACAUGUUGGUAUUUCUUCCCCAGAGCUCAAGGUGGCAACCUACAAAGAGUUCACCAAAAACAUGCUUCCGAGAAUCCAAUACCUCGGAUACAAUGUCAUUCAGCUGAUGGCCAUAAUGGAACAUGCCUACUACGCGAGCUUUGGCUAUCAGGUCAAUUCCUUCUUUGCAGCCAGUUCUCGCUAUGGCACGCCAGACGACUUGAAAGAGUUGAUCGACGCGGCACAUGGCAUGGGUAUCACCGUGCUACUCGACGUUGUUCAUUCACAUGCUAGCAAAAACACUCUGGAUGGUCUGAAUAUGUUUGAUGGAAGUGACCAUCUCUACUUCCAUGAGGGAGCUAAAGGUCGACACGAGUUGUGGGAUUCACGACUUUUCAACUAUGGCCACCAUGAAGUACUGCGCUUUCUGCUAUCCAAUCUUCGCUUCUGGAUGGAAGAAUACCAGUUUGACGGCUUUCGAUUUGACGGUGUCACCUCGAUGCUAUAUACACAUCACGGAAUUGGCACGGGCUUUUCAGGAGGCUACCACGAGUACUUUGGACCCUCGGUUGAUGAGGAUGGCAUCGUCUACCUCAUGCUCGCAAAUGAGAUGCUACACAAUCUCUAUCCCAACGCCAUCACAAUUGCAGAAGAUGUAUCAGGCAUGCCCGCACUCUGUCUCAAACUCUCACUGGGUGGUGUGGGUUUCGACUAUCGUCUGGCCAUGGCCGUGCCGGACAUGUACAUCAAGAUGCUGAAAGAGAAGUCAGAUGACGAGUGGGACAUUGGAAAUAUUGCAUUUACUCUCACAAACCGAAGACAUGGAGAGAAGACCAUUGCAUACGCCGAAUCCCACGACCAGGCCCUUGUGGGUGACAAGUCGCUAAUGAUGUGGCUCGCUGACGCCGAGAUGUACACUCACAUGUCAACACUUACCGAAUUCACUCCUACCAUUGAGCGCGCCCUCUCCCUGCACAAACUGAUUCGUCUCGUCACUCACAGCCUCGGCGGUGAAGGCUACCUGAAUUUUGAAGGUAAUGAAUUUGGUCACCCAGAAUGGCUCGAUUUCCCUCGCGCUGGCAAUGACAACUCCUUUUGGUAUGCGAGAAGACAAUUCAAUCUGACGGAAGACGGCCUCCUACGAUACAAGUUCCUCAACGAUUUUGACCGAGCCAUGAACUGGACCGAAGAGAAAUACGGCUGGUUGCACUCCCCACAAGCUUACAUCUCGUUGAAGAACGAGACGGACAAGGUGCUCGUCUUCGAGCGUGCAGGGCUCCUUUGGAUCUUCAACUUCCAUCCCACGAAGUCCUAUACCGACUAUCGAGUCGGUGUUGAGCAGGGUGGCGUCUACCGCAUUGUCCUCGACACCGACAGCCCCGAGUUCGGCGGGCUCAGCAGAAAUGCAAAGGACACCCGCUUCUUCACUAACGAUCUCCCUUGGAACGGUCGUAAGAAUUUCACGCAGGUUUAUAUCCCUACCAGGACCGCUUUGGUAAGUCUACACAUAAUCUUGUUGGUGUGCUAUUGA